CCGGACAAAGGUAGACCUCCAAAAAUAAGCGACCGAGAAUUUCAGGUUUGCUUCCCUGAUAACAUUUUCGUCAUACGAGGAAAUCACGAAGAAGAAAGCCUGAAUCAGUUGUACUCGUUUGCCACGGAAGUUCACGCUAAGUUUGAUGCUAAGUCAACUGAUGCAGCAACAGCGAGGGAUCCUAUGUACGAUCAUUUCAAAAAUGUCUUCAUGAACCUCCCGCUAGCAUGUUUAAUUGGACGUGAUAUUCUUGCAAUGCAUGGUGGCAUUAGUCCAAAACUACGGUCACUGCAGGAUAUACGUGAGAUUGCACGUCCCAUUGAUGAGUUCAUGAAAGGGACUCUAGCAUGCGAUUUGGUUUGGUCUGAUCCAGACACGCUGAAUAAAGUGGAGACUGAAAGUGAAGAUGAUCAUCCGUGGACAUCAGGCCCUUACACGGCGUAUUCGCCUCGCCGCUUGGCUGAUGGCCUUCUCAUCACACUGUUUUCCGCACCAGCUUACAAAGGAAGCUCGGAAGAUACAGUGAACUUAGGAGCAUACAUUGAAGUGCCUGUAAGCGGAGAGCUCGUCGUGAAACAGGUUGGGAAUCAGUGCCAAAUUUGCGGAAAUAAAUAA